AAACUAGACAAAACAAAUGCAAUGUAAACUAGACUGAACCAAACUAAACUAGACUUCACUAAAUUAACUAAACAAGACUAAUCUAAACUAAAGUAAACAAAACAAAAUUUACUAAACCAAUUUGACUAAUCCAAACUAAAUUAACUAAACCAAACUAAACGGACUGAGUAACAAAAAAACAAAAAACACACAGGGCAUCUCUGCUCUUAAUCCGAUUUGAAACAAUUACGACUCUAACCAGAAACUAAUGAAAUACUAAUUAGUCACGAGCAGAUACUAACAAGUCAGAAACGGGUGGACCUCCUGCCCACCUGCUCACCUGUCUGAAGAAAGAGUUUAGGUGUUCUUGUUCAGAGUAAAUGAGUUUGUUGAUCUUGGUUGCUAGGGAAACACAGCUGUGCACGUGACGGGAGUCAACAAAUGAAGAAACUGAAUAUAUAAAACAAGAAACAAAUACAAAUCUUUCGAGAAAAAGAGAAAAAAACACAAUACAAUUUCCACAUAGAAAUCCUGCAUCUACUGAGGUUCGCCUGCAGGAAACGAACUUCAUUACCCACAAUCCAACGCGCAAAAAAAACCUGACCAACCGAAAACGCCGCUGAGAAACGAGCCAAUCAGAGAGCGGCGGGAGAUUUCAAACCUGCGACCGGAAGCAGCGGCGUUCGGGACGGACUGAGAGCCCGCGAGGAUUGUUACCGGAGCACCGCGAACCCUCAGCAUGGCGGAUCCAGCUGUGAUGAACCGAUAUGAACGUCUCACUGCAGAGCAGAUGGAUGAGCAGAGGAUCCAGAACGUGGCGUACCAGUACCUGUGCAGGCUGGAGGAGGCAAAGAGAUGGAUGGAGGCGUGUCUGGGGGAGGAGCUCCCUGCUCCGACUGACUUGGAGGAGGCGCUGAGGAACGGCGUCAUUCUGGCCAAACUGGGCCACCGUUUCGCUCCAACAGCCGUCCCUCUGAAGAAGAUCUAUGACCCGGAGCAGCUCAGAUUCCAGGCUGCCGGUCUGCAGUUCCGCCACACCGACAACAUUAACCACUGGAGGAACGCCAUGACGGCGCUGGGCCUGCCGGCGAUCUUCUAUCCUGAAACCACAGACGUGUACGACAAGAAGAACAUGCCAAAAACCGUUUACUGCAUCCACGCUCUCAGCUUGUACCUGCACAGACUGGGAUUGGCUCCACCGAUCCAUGACCUGUAUGGUCAAGUGAUGUUCACAGAUGAAGAGAUCAACAACAUGAAGCUGGAGCUGGACAAAUAUGGAAUCCAGAUGCCGGCCUUCAACAAGAUAGGAGGAAUCCUGACCAAUGAGCUGUCGGUGGAUGACGCUGCAGUGCAUGCAGCAGUAGUCGCCAUCAACAAAGCUCUGGACCGAGGAGACGUGGCUGUCACGGCAGACGCUCUGAAGAACCCUGCAGCCCUGCUGACUCACUUGGAGGAGGCGCUGAUGAGCGUCUACCAGCAGGUGCUGCAGCAGGCCAAGAAGAGGAAGGCUGAGACCGCCGUGUGCCAGCGAGGGGCACCAGAGGACAAAGACCUGUAUGAGGAGUACCUGAGUCAGGUGGAGAUCCAGAAUCAAAUUCACACUGUAAACGUGCGUCUGGUCCUGGAACAGGUGGAUGAAGCAUUGGAUGGCGCCGAUGAGCUGGCUUUGCUGGCGGCGCUGCAGAUGCCAUGUUUGGGUCUGGGUGGAAUCCUGACCGAAAACGGGCCGUGGUACCUGGACCAGUUGCUGGAGGAACGCCAGCAGAAGGCUUUGGACUCUGAGGAUCCCCUGGAAGUCGUCGAGUUGCAGGAAUCCGUCUUUGUUUCUAACCUGAGAGCUCAGAAGGACAGAGAUGCAUACGCGGCGCUGCACUGCGUCAACGUGGCGCUGCAUGGGAGUGACCCCCGCCACACCGUCAGCUGCUUGAUGAACAGCGAGCUGCAGCUCCCGCAGGUGUUCCCGUCUGCUGCUGACCUGUACCACCGAGAGCUGCAGCAGCUGCAGAGCCGGACUGCGCAGGGGGCGCUAAAGCAGGAGGAGCUGUUUGUUGCAGUAGAGAUGUUGUCCGCCGUGGCGCUCAUCAACAACGCGCUGAGGAUGCGACAGCAGCAGCAGUUCAGCGCCGCGCUGGUCUGUCCGUCUGCAGGAAUCUCUGAUGUAGACGCCGACCUGCUGCUCAGGUACUUUGAUCACCUGACUGAGGUAAAGCAGAGGGCGGGGCUAGAUCUGCUGAGCUGGAAUCAGCUGCAGGAGGGAAUCGACCACGUCAAUAACGCAGUGAAAGAGGAACACCAGCAGCUGCUGGCCGUCAGCUCCAUCAACAGAGCGGUGAUGACAGCAGACAAGCAGCAGCUGCUGUCUGCUCUGCUGCUGCCCUCCUGUGGGCUGGAGGACAUCUCACCUUCAAACCUGAGCAGAUACCUGACUCUGCUGAGCAGGGCCAGGUUGCACAAAGCACAGGUGAGCGGAGACCCUGAAGCAGAGCUGUGGUUGGGCGACGUUAAAGCUGCAGUGAAGCAGGCGAACCAGCAGAGCCAGAAAGCUCUGAAGCUGUGUUUGGCAGUGGCGGCGGUGAACCAAGCGGUGAAGGAGAACCAGAUUAAGCAGACGCUUCGAGUUCUGGCUUUACCUGAGCUGCAGCUGCAGGAGCUUCUGUCCGACUGUGCUAAAGAAUACCAGAGACAGCUAAACGUGCUGAUGACACAGCGGACAUGCUCAGGAGACAACAAGAGUCCGUGGGUCCAAAUGGAACUUCAGGAUGGCUCCACCUACUUUUUUCACUUGAAAAACCUAAAGGGAAGCUGGGAAGCUCCGGACAGAUUCAUUCCUAACAGUGUGUUCAUAAACCAGCAGGAGAUUCAGGAAGUGGUGAGCAGGGUUUCGACGGCGCACACGCGCAACGUCCUGUGGCAGAGCAGAGAGGCGGUCAUUGUCGGGCUGCAAGCACGUUUUCGGGGUUUCCUCGUCAGACAGCAGCUGCAGACUCGCUGCCAUUACCUGCAGAGACACUCACCUGCUGCUGUCGUCAUACAGGCCAACUGGAGGAGGUUUGUCCAGCAGAGGGCGUACCGACGGCGACUGCGGUUCCUCUCCAUGAACUGGCGGGCGGCGGUGAAGAUCCAGUCUGUGGUCCGGAUGUGGUUGGUGAGAAGACUAUACCGGGACCGGCUCCGGUUCUUCAGAUGUAACGUUGCUGCAGUGGUGAAGAUCCAGGCGUUCUUCAGAGCGAGCAGAGCGCGGCACGAGUACCGGAUGCUGGUUCACUCCACGGCGCCCCCUCUGUCUGUGGUCAGGAAGUUCCUUCACCUGCUCGACAUGAGUGACGGAGACAUCCGAGAGGAGGCGGAGCUUCUGCACCUCAGGGAGGAGGUGGUGAGGAGCAUUCGCUUCAACCGACAGCUGGAGGCGGACCUGGACCUGAUGGACCUGAAGAUCGGUCUGCUGGUGCGGAACCGAGCCACGCUGCAGGAAGUGGUGUGUCACUGCAAGAAGCUUACCAGGAAGACCAAGGAGCAGCUGUCAGACAUGAUGGACGUGGAGAGGAGCAAAGGGAUGAAGGCCCUGAGCCGGAAGAGGAGGGAAAGGCUGGAGGCCUACCAGCACCUGUUCUACCUGCUGCAGACGCAGCCGCUCUACCUGGCUCAGGUGAUCUUCCUGAUGCCUCAGAGUCGCUCCACCUCCUUUAUGGAGAUGUUGGUGUUUAGCCUCUUCAACUACGGCUCCGACCACAGAGACGCCUUCCUGCUGCUGCAGUUGUUCACCGCGGCGCUGCGAUAUGAGAUCAGCUUGAAGGUCGCUCAGCCUCAGGACAUCGUUACGGGGAACCCCACCAUCAUCAAGAUGAUGGUGAACUUUUACCGCCACGCUGACGGUCAGAACCCGCUCCGGGAGGUGCUUGGUCCGGCUCUGCAGGACCUGCUGCUGGACAGAGCCCUCAGCAUCAGAACGGACCCAGUGGAGGUUUACAAGUCCUGGAUCAAUCAGACUGAGACCCAGACUGGACUAAAGAGCUCUUUACCGUACGAGGUUUCCUCUGGAGAGGCGCUGUCUCAUCCGGAGGUCCAGAGAAGGAUCGAUGUGGCCGUGGUCAACCUGAAGAACCUGACGGACCGGGUCCUCAAGGCCAUCACCUCCAACCUGCACAAAGUCCCCUACGGUCUGCGCUUCUCGGCUAAAACCCUCCGAGACGCCCUGAAAACCAAGUUUCCUGAAGCUGGAGAGGACGAGCUCUACAAGAUUGUUGGGAACCUGGUGUAUUACCGCUACAUGAACCCGGCCAUCGUGGCUCCGGAUGGGUUUGAUGUUCUGGAGCGCUCCGCGGGCUCCGCCCUGCUGCCGGACCAGCGCCACAUCCUGGGUUCUGUCGCUCGGAUGCUGCAGCAGGUUGCUGCCAACAAGCACUUCCACGGAGACGGGUACCACAUACGGGCCCUGAACCAGUACAUCAGCCAGACCCACGCCAAGUUCUGGAGGUUCCUGCGGGCGGUCUGCGACGUUCCAGAACCGGAGCAGCACUUCAGUAUGGACCAGUACUCGGAGCUGCUGAUCCUUAACAGACCCGUCAUCUACAUGUCUGUGAGCGAGCUCCUGAACAUGCACCAGCUGCUGUUGGACCACCAGGAGGUUCUGUGUCCGGACAGGUCGGACCCUCUGAAACUCAUUCUGAAGGACCUGGGCCCGGUUCCCCCCCUGGAGGACCUCGUUGGUACUGCAGCAGAGGCAGAGCUCAGUAGGAUGGAGGUUUCUCUGACGCUGACCAACAAGUUUGACAUUUUCAACGACGCCACGGAGGAGAAAGACGCCAAAGGACUGCUGCUCAGCACCAAGCAGCUGAUCGUGGAUGUCAUCAGGACGCAGGCAGGAGACUGUCUCAGUGACAUCCUGAGGACACAGACCUCACCUGCCCAGGAAGCCCAUCAUGAUUGGUUGCUGCAGCAUAGAGCGCGACAGGAUGCACAAACGCCUGAGAAAAUGAAGAGGAACCAGUCGCUGGUCGCCAACAGCAAGCUGAGCCUGGACGAGAAGAAGAGGAAGAUCCUGCGGAGUCUUCGUCGACUGGAGACUCUCGGGGUGCUGACGCCGCCGCAGUCCGAGAACCAGAUUCUCCAGCAGAUCGCCAUGGACAUCCGAAACCAACGUCUGCGGCGGCAGCGGCGAGGGGCGGAGCUACAGAAGCUCUGUCAGACCCUGAACUGCCUGCAGCAGAAAAGCAACUUUCACAGCGAGCAGGUGGACUACUACAGACAUUACAUCACUUCCUGUUUGGACAAGCUGACCCCUCAGAGUAACUCAGCCAAUAAGAAGACAGCAGAUGCCAGAAAAAAGCUUCUUGCUCUGAGCUACAGCGCCACCCGGCUGCAGGAGAAAGGAGUACUGCUGGAAAUCCAGGACCUACCAACUACACAGUUUAAGAAUGUCGUGUUCGACAUCGUUCCUGGGCCUGAGAAGGGAAGCUUCCACGUCAAAGCUCGGUUCCUCGGAGUGGAGAUGGAAGAGUUCCUCCUAAAGUACCAGGACCUGCUGCAGCUGCAGUACGAGGGUGUGGCAGUCAUGAAGAUGUUCGACAAAGCCAAAGUCAACGUCAACCUCCUCAUCUUUCUUCUCAACAAGAAGUUCUUCAAGAAAUAGUGGGCGGAGCUCUCCAGCUGCCUCCUCCUCUCUGUGUCAGGAUCCUGUGAACAGAGCGAGGCGUUUUUCUGAGACAUAACCCACCUCAGAGUGGGGCAUCAGUGUAACACUCCUAUCUUUGUUUUCUCUGCACUCUAACACAAAGCUUAUUCAACGCUGAGUCUUCUGUCCGUCAGGCAGCUGGACUGCAGGAACACUAACCACCGUCUGUGGGCGGGGCUUUUCUCUCAGAUGUGAUUGGUUACUGCAUGAUGAAUCUAUUCUUUUUUUAAGCUUUUUUCUGAGUCAUUGUCUCUGUGUCCAUGUUUGAAUUUUCAAAUAAAC